AUGGGACGGGCAAAGUUUCUUUCUCUGGUGGCGAGACGGGGGAUUGUCAGCUUUUUGGGGAUCAGGAAAGUGAAGCCCAAGAACCUGGUUGGCAUUAGAACCGACGAGGAGCCGAAAACAAACCGAGAGAAGGUUAUAGGAGACGUCUGUUCGAGACUGAAUAUCCAGAGAGCACCAAAACCCAAGAGCUUGGUGGUAUCGCUAUUUGAAAACAAGCAGGAAACAUAUCCGCCGAUCGAGGAAGUUCAACGGUUUCACUUCAAUCGAUAUAAAUACCCCGUCACUCAGGACGAGCUCGAUGCCGUGCCUGGACUGAUUCCUUGCUCUCCUAUUGGCGUUGUGACCCCAAAUACCCCGUAUAUUCAGUCGCUCCAGGAACUGAAAGGUGUGCAAUCGAACUUGUACUCGCUAGCUAUUGAGACCCGGAUGACUACGAGACGGCCCAUCUACAAGUGCGAAUUCUUUACGCUGUCAUUCUAUCCAGAGUCAUCGUUUGUUGGUCGGAUUCGUAAGUCCAAGCCGGCGAUUUUGUUUUCGUUCGACCAGACCUCGCUAUUUAACAACCCGGACGCCAUGGCACAACUCAAAGGCUGCAAUAUCGGCAUAGAUACAGUCAAGUUUCACCCGUUUUCUCUUUCUGUCCACCGGACAAAGACUACAAAGUUUUACCGCAAGACCUUCUUCAAAUAUUGCAUGGAGAACAACAUGAGAGAGAAAUACGACGGGGUGUACAAGUUCCACUUGUUUAUCCGACCGGUGACGACUGCAGACUUUGUACGGCUGGAUCGUUGCAUCGCGGAGGCUCUGCAAAGCCUCCGCGGACACAAAGGCCCGUUUGAGCCAGACCCCAAGGGACGACUGGACGAAAGACGUAUCAGCGCGGUCUGCAAGACGUACGGACUUCCUCCAUUAAAAUAA